UGUCUGGGUGUGUGUCUAUGUGUGUCUCUGUGUGUGUGUGUCUGGGUGUGUCUGGGUGUGUGUCUAUGUGUGUGUGUGUCUGGGUGUGUCUGGGUGUGUGUCUAUGUGUGUGUGUGUCUGGGUGUGUGUGUGUGUCUGGGUGUGUGUCUAUGUGUGUGUGUGUCUGGGUGUGUGUGUGUGUCUGGGUGUGUGUCUAUGUGUGUGUGUGUGUCUGGGUGUGUGUGUGUGUCUGGGUGUGUGUGUGUGUGUCUGGGUGUGUGUCUAUGUGUGUCUGUGUGUGUCUGGGUGUGUGUGUAUGUGUGUAUGUGUCUGGGUGCGUGUCUGGGUGUGUGUCUAUGUGUGUGUGUGUAUGUGUGUGUGUGUGUCUGGGUGUGUGUCUAUGUGUGUGUGUCUGGGUGUGUGUGUGUCUGGGUGUGUGUCUGUGUGUGUGGGGGGUGUGUGUGUGUGUCUGUGUGUCUGUGUGUCUGUGUGUGUGUGUGUCUGGGUGUGUGUCUAUGUGUGUGUGUCUGGGUGUGUGGGUGUGUGUGUGUGUGUGUCUGGGUGUGUGUCUGUGUCUCUGUGUGUAUGGGAGGGGUGUGCAUGGAAACUGACACCUUUUUUCCACUAGAAUCUUAUGGUCACCCAGUUCAUCUUGUUUUUAUUGCUGGAAAAUUUUGUACAUGUCUAAAAUGUGUUUUUAUCAAGGCCACCUCCCAGUCCCUCUGCCCCAACUCCUCCCACAACACCACUACUAGUCUCUCCCAAAUUAUAGACCAGUUCCUCUGAUGACGGCGCAAAGACUCUCAACAAAGUACUUAUAAACUGAAUUGAGGAAUAAACCAAAAAGAUUACCUGCCAUGAUCUGCCAUGAUUAAGUUGGCGCCAUCUCCAGAGAAACAGGGAUGGUUCAUCCGUCAUAACUCAGUAAAUGUAACCACCACUUAGACUCCUGGAUAGAGAAUGCACGAUCGUCACAUUAGAUUCAACAAAUCUAUAACCCACUCAUGAUCAAAACCUUCCGGAGAACCUAAGAACACUAAUAAGGGCGAUACCCAGCAAGGCCAUGGCCAACGUCAUUCAAAGAAAGGAAGAAAACCUCAAACCUUUUCCACUAAAAUCAUGGACAAAACAAGAUGUCUACUUUUCCCGCCACUCCUGUUCACUAUAAUGGCUGGAAGUUUUACCUAAGACAAUGGAACAGGUGAAGGUAAUAAAGGGGAUGAGAUGGGAAAGGAAGAAGUCCAAGUACUGUGAUUUGCCCGUGGUAUGAUUUUAUACAUACAAGGCCCCAACUACUCCACCAGAAAAACUCUAUGGCUAAUUACACACUCAGCAAACAAGUAAAACAGAAUGCCAAAUCAACCCACAGAAACAGAGGAGCCUUCCUAUAUACCAACAGCAAACAUACAGAGAAAUAAAUCAAAUAAGCAAUUCCAUUCAUAUUAACCUAAAUUUUAAAAAAAUUAGAAUAAAUCCAACCAAGGAACUGAAAGAUUUAUACCAUGAAAAUUUGAAUAUGCAAAAAAAAAAAAAAAACCUGAAGCUACCAGAAGAUGGAAACGCCUCCUGUGCUCACCGCUCUUAAAGGGAUCUUAGUUCCUUCUUUUAGUUGCUGCCAUAAAAUCUUCAGUCAGAUGGGUGAACAAAACAACGGAGAUGACUAUACACAUACAGACCAGAGAAGGUGAAUUUUGUAAGACCCCCACGUGGACUCAGGGGUAAGAGCUCCCUGUGCCCCAGAUCGCUGACCGUCUGCAGGGUCCACCUGACUUUGUCAAUGCCUGCCCUGUGCUCUAGGUCUCCAGAAGAUAUUUCUAUUUAGACAUCAGAAGACGAUUAUAUUUAGGCACUAACACCAUUCAAGUGCCCACAAACUUCAGUUAAGACAGAAAAACAAGCUAAUUUGCUGGAACAGAAGGCUGACCUGCAGAUCUGGUGUGGGCUUGUUUCAUUUCUUGGACUAUAUUUUUGUUGUUUUUCUUCACUGCUGUACACCCUCUGCUUGAGCAAUCGCCUGUGUUACUGUGACUUCCCUAACGCCAUCUGCCAUCUCAUGUCCCCUCCCUGGGACGUCCUUCUAAACUCCAGGCUUGCGUCUGCAACUUCCCACUUGACGUCCGUCCUCAAAUCCGUCACCAUCAUCUCAAAGGCACUGUCUCUCAGCUUGAACGUUUGAACUCCGCUGCUGCUUCCCCCAAUUCCCAGCAUUUGCCGCUGCAAUUAGUGGCACAUUUAUUUUCACGGACAUAUUUAGACAAGGUCUAACAGAUCCCAAGCUGGCCCCAAACUGAGAAUGACCUUAAACUCCAGAUUCUCCAGCCACCACCUUCCUACCACUGAGAUUACAGGACAACUCCUGACUCAGUGAUCAUCACUCUCCUGCCUGCAGUGGUCAUCUCUCUCAUGACUGCAGUGGCCAUCACUGUCCUGCCUCCAAUAGUCAUCACUUGCCUGCCUGUGUUGAUCAUCACUGUCCUGACUGCAGUGGUCAUCGCUGUCCUGACUGCAGGGGUCAUCGCUGUCCUGACUGCAGGGGUCAUCACUGUCCUGGCUGCAGUGUCAUUGCUGUCCUGGCUGCAGUGGUCAUUGCUGUCCUGGCUGCAGUGGUCAUUGCUGUCCUGGCUUCAGGGGUCAUCGCUGUCCUGACUGCAGUGAUCAUCACUGUCCUGACUGCAGUGGUCAUUGCUGUCCUGACUGCAGUGGUCAUUGCUGUCCUGACUGCAGUGAUCAUCACUCUCUUGCCUACAGUGGUCAUCGCUGUCCUGACUGCAGUGGCCAUCACUCGCCUGCCUGCGUUGAUCAUCACUCGCCUGCCUGCGUUGAUCAUCACUGUCCUGCCUGCAGUGGUCAUCACUCUCCUGCCUGCAGUGAUCCAGCAUAGAUCCAUCCCUCCUAUACUAGAUCCUGGAAGGGGCAGCUCUGCUUUUCAACAGGUUGCAAUGUCCAGGAACUAUUGUACUCUUAACUACACAGGCUCCUAGGAGGGAAUAUUCAAGGACAAAGCUAGAGGAUCACCUUUAUUGACUCUAGCUAUAAUAUAUUUGACAAUAACUAAAGCAGAAAUGAAAAGAUACAAACAGAGCAUCCAAGGGAACAACUUUCCAUUCCAUAACCCUUGUAACCUGCUAAGGAGCAAACAAUCCAAUGAGGUCAAGAAAUUUCUGUUCUGCUGCACUGACCUCACAUAACCACCUGAUUUAUGAGGGUACUGAGUGUCAACAAAGGUGUACUGUGUCCUGUGCAGUCACCUUGGCUCCCUAUCCAUGUGCAGCUUUCUGUGGCUAAGCAAGCUUCACAUGAAGUCCCUGACAUUGUGAUUUAUGAUCUUGAAUGACAUUACCAUGCCUGGCCCUCAGAAUCCUUCUUUGUGCUCAUGCAUUCAUUACAAAUCUUGCAAAAAUCCCGUGCAUCCUGAUUUCUCAGUUUUAGAACUCUGGGCAUUGAGACUAGAUGAGUCUUUGUUGUCCAAGACUGUUCUGUGCAUUGUAGAAUACUGAGAAGAACCUCUGACCUCUAGCUGCAAGAUGACAAGAACACUUUCCCUGGAUGAAGGAACCAAAAAUUCUCCAGGCAUUGCCAAAAUCCUCUAGUGAAGGGCAGGUUGCUUCUAGUUGACAAUCACUGGUAGACAAUGAUACAUAGUAGAUAAAUAGACAAGUUAAUAGAGCAAUGAUACAUAGGUGACAGAUAGAUGAUAAGUAGAUUAUAGAGAUAAAUAGAUGAUAGAUAGAUAAAUAGAUGAUAGAUAGAUAGAUAGAUAGAUAGAUAGAUAGAUAGAUAGAUAAUGGAUGGAUAGAUAGAUAAAUGAUAGAUGAUAGAUGGAUAUGAUAAAUAGAUAGAUGAUAGAUGAUAGAUAGAUAGAUAGACAGAUAGAUAAUAGAUGGAUAGAUAAAUAGAUGAUAGAUGGAUAGAUAGAUAGAUAGAUAGAUAGAUAGAUAGAUAGAUAGAUAGAUGAUGGAUGGAUAGAUGGAUGGAUGAAUGAAUAAAUAUGAUAGGUAGAUUGAUAUAUGAUAUGUAGAUAACUAAAUAGGUAUCUAUAUAAUAGAUAAAUAGAAAUUAGAUGAUAGAUAAUUGAAAGAUGGAUAUAGAGCAAAUUACAAAAUACUAGAGCACCUUCUAAUGUUCACCUCUAUUAACAAUGACUUCAUGUGUGUGGUAAUCUUAUACAUGUCUGUGUGUGUGCAUAGGCAUGGAAUGCAUGUGUACAUGUUUGCACUUGAAUCUGGAGGCUAGAGGUAGAUGUUGGGUGCAUUUUUCUGUUCACUCUUUGAGGCAGAGUCUCUCGCUGAAGCUAGGACUCGUCGAUUCAGCUGGUCUAGCUGACUAGGAAUCUUCAAGAAUCUGUCUGCAGCCUCCUCACUCCUCAGUGAUCAUAACUGGCAUUUCCACUGAUGCUGGGGAAUCCAAAUUAGAUCCUUCUGCUUGUAUAGUAAUCAUCUUCCUAGCUCCCAAUACACAGUGACUUUUAAAGCAACCCCAGAAAAACUUCCAAAUGUUGCUUGGCUAUACUAACAUUUGCAAGAGAAUAGUGGCACAGAAAGCUUGAAAGCCACUGGGACUAUUGUAGUCUUAAGAACCUGGUUACUCUUGUUCCAACUCCUCUGAGCACUGGCCGUCACAGAGAAAUUAGUCAAGUGGUCCACAACAGCAAAAAAGGAAAGAGGCAGCAGUCAAGUUUACCUGUCUCCUCAGGCCGUGCACCUCACUAGACUCUGGUCCUUACAAUUGACAAGAUCAUUUCUUCAGGUUCACCCGCUUGGUCCCCUUGCUAUGUCAAAAUUACCAUAGACCAACAACUUAACUAAUAGGCUUUUAUUUCUCGGAGUUCUACAGGCUGGAGAUCCCAUGAGGACAGCUGAUCAUGUGCAGAAGGCCAUCCUCCUAGGUGACAGAAGACAGACAUCCAUGGGGGAAUAAGCGUUUGACCUAUAAGCAUAGCACCUGACACAGGCCUGACCCAUAGGAGGGCAUUUUCAUCAAACAGCACUGGUGUUCAAUCUUACUGGUAUAUUACCUAUUUAAAAAUUACCAGCUUAAAAACAAUACCCAGAUCUUGACUGGAGCAUGGUCUGAAGGCAAUUGGUUCCACUGUUGAUUCUAAUAUGAAGUCAAGUUUAAGGACCGUUGGCAUGGAAAGAAGGCAAUAAGAUCUCCUCCCUACAACUCCAGACAGACAUCUCCCUCAGAGUGCUGCCCAGAUGGGAGCUGUGCUCUACUCACCCUGUGUGCAAGCUGGCUGUGGCCCACUCCACCACGUCUACUGUUUCCCAAUCCCUAUUAUCUAUCUAUGCCGUUUGGCCUUUCCUCAAGAGCCGAAGAGCACACUCAGUCCCAGAUCAAAUACAGCUUCCAGACCCUGGAGAUGGGCUGAAAACUUGUACAAAGGUCAAGCAAUGCAGAGAGGGAGGGAAGCAUGAGGUGUCACAGAAGAGGGCAGUAGGAUAAAAGUCUCAAGUCAGAAUAGAGUGGAGAUUGCAAAGUCAGGAUGGAGAGAUGGCUUAGCGUUUAAAUGCCCUUCUUAUAGAAAAGUUAUGUUCAGCUCCCGUCACCCACAUCAGGCAGGUCAUAAUUCCAAGAAUUCAGUGCUCUCUAGCCUCCUUGGACACUUUACACAUAUGGUGUACAUAAACUCCUACAAGCAAUACACAUAAAUUAUAUAUAUAUACAUAUGUGUAUGUAUAUAUAUAUAUGUAUGAAUGUAAACAUAUAUGUAGGUAUGUGUGUACCUACAUAUAUGUAUACACACAUAUAUAUGAAUAUAAACACAUAUAUAUGUGCGCGCACACACACACACACAUCACCUAAUCACAAGGGUUUUGUUGUUAUUUUGAGACAGAAUCUCAUGUAUCCAGGCUGGCCUUGAACUCCUAAUCCUUCUGUUCUCCUCCCAAGAGCUGGAGCUACAGAUGUGCACCGCUACGCCCAGCUUGCAUAGCUGUCGGGCAAUGAAUUCAGGGCUUCUUGCACACUAGGCAAGCAUCCUACCAACUGAGCUACAACUCCAGCCCGGCGAGGUUGUAAUGAGUGUUAACGGCUGCAUCUGUGAGUCUCGCUGAAGCAGACCUUUAAGGAGCAAAAGGAAAAGCGGGGUUUGAGGUAACUUUUCAGAUCCUUGAAGCCUCAGCAGUGGUCAGCUUUCUCCUCCACCUGGGUGCGUCACUGAGGUGACCUCUCUAGAUGUCAGAGCAGAAGGAAGGAAACAGAGGAAGCAAAGGCAGACAAAGCAGAAGGCUGGUUCCCUGGCUUUGAUGCUGCAGUUUCUCUGAGCAGGAGCCAGCACAGGGCCAUAUUGCCUGACUGAAACUUGAGAAACCAGGUCCUGCAGAGAGCUGUCUUUGAGAAUGUCAACAAGUACCUACACAUAGAUAUCUGGAUACUCGUCAAGGGAGAGCUUCUUUUCCUGGUGACUUUUUAUAACAUUGGGGGACUGGAGAGAUGGCUCAGUGGUUAAGAGCACUGCUUGCUCUUCCUAGAGGUCCUGGGAUCAAGUCCCAGCAGCCACAUGGUGGCCCACAACCACCUGUAAUGAGAUCCGAUGCCCGCUUCCUGUGUGUAUGAAGACAGAUACAGUAUACUUAUAUAUAAUUAAUUAAUUAAUUAAAUUAAAAAAAAUUAGGAAGCCAGAAAAGGACAUUUAUCUGCUAUAAUGCCUUUUAGAGAAAAGUUGGAAGUAAAAUGAAAUUUGCCUAAUUUCUUAUAUUUAGCUCUGGAAUAAGACAAACGAUCUGACUAUAUCUGAGCACAUACAAACCAUUAGCAGAACUAUUUGUUUUUUAGCUUUGAGGUAUUUAAUAGUGUUUAACAAUAUGAAUGCAUGCAUCUACUUAAAGUUUCCACAUAGGUAGCUGCAAAACCUGCUUUGCUCCAAUCAAAUUAAUGUACCCCCCAAAAUAGACUCAAGAUAAAAGAAGCUUAUCAAAUUUUGCCACAGUUGACCCUUCAUUGCUUUGGAAGAUUUUUUUCCCUAGGAAUGUUUUCUGUUUUUUUCGUGCAUCCGCGGUUGGUUUUAGCCAAACGUAACCAAGAACAGGCAUGUGGGAAUGUCUGUAAAACUUCUGCCCAGCAUGGAGGUCUUUGUCUGGCCCUCUGGCGUGAGGGAGCGCGGGCAGCACAUUCUCGUGAAAAACCCCUUUCACAGUGAGAGUGCAUUCAAGGAGAAAAUCCGAGCUUGAAUCGCUGUGUCUAAGGGCAAGUUUGAAAGACAAAAGAAGGGACCGGAUUCCAUGGGAAAGGAAAGGAGGAAAGAAAGGGCCCCGGGUGACUUGCCAGAGGAGAGCUGGCUGCCUGCAAGGGAGACCUUUUUCUUCGCUACCAGGAACCUUGGAAGCAAUAUACUUUUCUCCACUGGGAGAGACCCAGGGCAAAGGGCGGGCAAUGACUGGAAAUGCUUUUCUCUGCUGGGGGUCCACCAAGAAAGCAUUCAAAGACUUGGCGGAAAGCCUCUUUCUCCUUGGGGAAGCAACCGUAAGGCCUGGAAAAAGACCACACCAAAAGCGUAAGCACGGAGAUGCUCUUGACGUGGAAUCCCUGAACCUCUAAGAGGCCCCUGGGUGAGCUCCUGGGGAAUCAGCCAGCACCCCAAACUAACACUGAAGCUGAUCUCUGUUCACAUUCCGAAGGGCUGCAUUAAAACACUGGCUUGGCCAUAGUUAGAAGACAUCAGUGUUCUGUGCGUGCACUGUAUUCUUCACUGAUGCAGGUAGACCUGAAGGCACCCAGUACAUUUUUGAGAUACUCUUUCUUGAUAUUUGGGAUACCUAAUCGUUGUUGCUAUUUGGAAACUAUAUUAAAAGGGGAUAAGGGGCCUAGUCUUGUAGCACAGCCUUUUAAUCCCAGAGUUUGGAUGAAGAGGCAGGCAGAUCUCUGUGAGUUUGAGGCCAGCCUGCUCUAUGCAACAAGUUCUGAGCCAGAAAAAGCUACACAGUGAAAGUUUACCCAAAAGGAAGGGGAAGGGGUUGGGGAUUUAGCUCAGUGGUAGAGCGCUUGCCUAGCAAGCGCAAGGCCCUGGGUUCGGUCCCCAGCUCCGAAAAAAAAGAAAAGAAAAAAAAAAGUAAGGGUGACCGGGGAGGACACCUGAGACUGAACUCUGGAAGUGCACGUGGGCACGUGUGUGCGCGCGCAUGCGCGCACACACACACACACAGAGCGAGACAGACAGACAGACACACACACAUACAGAGACAGACACACAGCGCGCACACACACACACACAGAGCGAGACAGACAGACAGACACACACACACACAUACAGAGACAGACACACACACACAUACACACACACACACAAAGAGAGACAGACAGACACAGAGACAGACAGACACACACACACAUACAGAGAGAGACAGACACACACACACACACACAGAGCGAGACAGACAGACACACACACAUACAGAGAGAGACAGACAGACACACACAUACACACACACACAAAGAGAGACAGACAGACACAGAGACAGACAGACAGACACACAUACAGAGAGAGACAGACACACACACACAUACACACACACACAGAGCGAGACAGACAGACAGACACACACACAUACAGAGACAGACACACACACACAUACACACACACACAAAGAGAGACAGACAGACACAGAGACAGACAGACAGACACACACACACAUACAGAGAGAGACACACACACACACACACACACAGAGCGAGACAGACAGACACACACACAUACAGAGAGAGACAGACAGACACACACAUACACACACACACAAAGAGAGACAGACAGACACAGAGACAGACAGACACACACACAUACAGAGAGAGACAGACACACACACACACAUACACACACACACAGAGCGAGACAGACAGACAGACAGACACACAUACAGAGAGAGACAGACAGACACACACACAUACACACACACACACAGAGACAGACAGACACACACACAUACAGAGAGAGACAGACAGACAGACACACACAUACAGAGAGAGACACACACACCCACACAGAGAGAGAGACAGACAGACAGACACACACACACAUACAGAGACAGACACAGAGCGAGAGAGACAGACAGACAGACACACACAUACAGAGAGAGACAGACAGACAGACAGACACACACACACACACACACACACCCUUUAUUAAUGUCCUUUCAUUGAUUUACAUGGAUGCUGCCUUCUGAAAGGGGCUGUUGCUAUCCUCGAUCUCAUGUGGGCUUCCUCCUUGGAGUGCAAGGAUGAAGGGAUGAGAAGAGCAGGGGGAAGGAGGAAGCUCUACUUUGAGCAUCUCCUUACCUAGAAGACUGUCUUAGAUUGCAGCCAUGGAUCUAUGUCAGUGUUUAGUGCCCAUGUUGUAGACAAUGUCCGUACUCCAUUGCACCAUAAGUAAGCGUCCUUGGGGAAGUGGUGGUAACAGUAUCCGGUGAAAAGCCAAGCCAGCAAAUUACCUCAGUCGUAGUGAAUAGAAAACCAUGUUGGGUGUGGUAUCAUUUAGCCUCUUCUGAGCAGUGGACUCCAGAGCAUGGUCAUUGUGUCUGUGGUGAAUAACAGAGGAUCCAGGGGAGGAAUUACGCAACUCUGAUUAUAUUUUACCUUUAUAGAUCUAUUGGGAGGUAUGCACCUUCCACAGCACAAGAUGAGGGGUCAGAAGACUGCAUUCAGGAAUCUCCUUCUACCCUGUAGAUUCCAGGAAGUAAAUUCAGAUUGCCUUUACCCACGGAGCCAUCCUGCCAGCUGUCCUAUUCACGAGUCAACAAUAACCACCGAUUUAUGUCUACGAUUGUUGUUUAUUUGUAAGUGAGGGGGUCACAUUCUGUUUUGCUGGAGAUCUCUGAUUAAUUCAUGAGCUAAUUGAAGAAGGGAGAGGAAGGCCAAAGGAAAGUUUAUACCGGGUUUCAAAGAACUACAAGAUGACAAUGUGUGCUCCAUUUGGAGUGUUUCUUGUCACUUAUCCAUGUUUCUUAUAGGUCUCUAUUGAAUAUCUACUAGCCACAGGACUUUCAGGUACAGGGAACCUAGCAGUGAAAAUGACUGACCUAUACGUACCUGAAGAGCUUAUAAUCCAGUUGUAAGGGCCAUCAGUUAACAAGCAAAAAAAAAAAAAAAAAAAAAAAAAAAAGUCAAACUGAUAGAGCUGGAGAGAUGGCUCAGCGGUUAAGAGCACUGGCUGCUCUUCCAAAAGUCCUGAGUUCAAUUCCCAGCAACCACAUGGGGACUCACAACCAAGUGUAAUGGGUUCUGAUGCCCUCUCCUGGUGUGUCUGAAGACAGCUUCAGUGUACUCACAUACGUGAAAUAAAUAAAAAUCUUUAAAAAAAAAAUCACACCCAUAA